CACGAUUUGUCCCACUAGUAGUUGUUCACAUCAUGUCGCAGUACUCAAAAAUAUCAAUAUUUUAUAUAAGUGUCACAUCGCAUGAUUUUCCCGGCUAUUCCCAUUUGUGCACCCAUAACACUCCGAAUCCGCGGCAACAAUAACUGGUGAAAGUUCACGCUCACUUGUGUGAAGUUUAAGUGCCUUCUCGAUUUCUUACUCACCUGAGUCACCUCGACAUUCAUUUCCUUGCUCGUCCCCUUUAAGUCAUUAGCAAUGUCUGGUGCAGCAUCUGCGGCCGCUGGGUCGAAACUCUCCGCAUUCAUGAACCAUCCAGCUGGUCCGAAGACAGUCUUUUUCUGGGCACCAUUGAUGAAGUGGUGUCUCGUUGCCGCUGGUGUAAAGGACUUGAGUCGGCCAGCAGAUAAACUCAGCAUAUCCCAAAACGUUGCGCUCGCAUGCACAGGUUUUAUCUGGGUGAGAUACUCGGUGGUCAUUACCCCGGUAAACUACAGUUUGGCAGCGGUGAACUUCUUUGUUGGCGCUACCGGUUUAGGGCAGUUGGCUCGGAUCGCAAAUCACCGGUACAACGGAGAGGCAGUCAAGGCUUGAUUGGUUUCUUUUGAGAGUUUCACUAUGUAUUCAUGCUUCCCUUGCAAUAUCACUUUGGUCGAAGCUCCGCGAAUCGUUCUUAUUCGAAUCAU